AUGAGUUCCGGUAUUGGAAGUUUGGUAAAGGCCAUCUUUAAGAACUUCGACGUUAUCGCUGGACCUAUUAUUAGCUUGGUUUAUCCUCUAUACGCAUCAGUGAGGGCAAUAGAGUCGGGAACUUGAAUCUGCAUCUUCAGAACUCAUGGAGACGACAAGCAAUGGCUCACUUAUUGGGCUCUUUAUUCACUUAUAAAACUCUUUGAGCUCACUUUCUACGGACUCAUCGAAUGGAUCCCGGUAUGGCCAUACGCCAAGCUAGCACUAACUUGUUGGUUGGUGUUACCGGGCUUGAGCAGCGCUGCUUAUGUUUAUGAGAACUAUGUGCGUCCAUUCCUUUUACGCCCACAUAGUGUUAACAUAUGGUACGUACUCGCUAAGAAGGACGAAGAUGACUUACCAGCAGCUGCUGGGAAGUUUACUCCGGUGAACGAUUCUGGUGAGCCUACAGAAAAGCGUGACCUUUCGGUGGAUAAAUCAGCCAAAUAUGUUGGUCACUCGGCCUUCGAUGAUACAUAUGUAUACUAG